UAAUUACCAAAAUACUCUUCCCAUAAAAACGCUUUUCUUCUCUGUUAGUAUUAUUUAUUUCCAUUAAUUACCUUACCAGCACUACUUACCUUUUCUCCUGCUUCGUCACAUUCAUGGCUUCUUCUCCAACUCCCCCUCCUCCUGCAGAAACAGCAAGAAAUGGGAACUCCGAUGAUGGUUCAAAAGGAGAAGGAUUAUUGAUGAUUGAUUUAGAAAGGGUUAGGAAAUCAUUGAUCAGACAAGAAGAUAGCAUUGUAUUUAGUCUCAUUGAAAGAGCUAAAUUCCCAUCCAAUUCUUCACUCUACAAAUCAUCAUCUUCUUCGCAAAUCCCUGGUUUUGAUGGGUCUUUGAUUCAAUACAUUGUAAAAGAAACAGAAAUCCUUCAUUCCAAGAUUGGUAGAUAUGAAAGCCCAGAAGAACAUCCUUUCUUCCCAGAUGGUUUACCUCUGCCAUUGAUUCCUUGUCCUCCCAAGUCUCCAGAGCUUUUGCAUGGCGCGGCAUCUUCGAUUAACAUCAACAGCACCAUUUGGAAAUUUUACUUGGAAGAAUUGCUUCCUUUGUUUACUAAACAAGGAGAUGGUGAUGCUAGUAGCUAUGCAUGCACAGCUGUUUGUGAUCUCAAUUGUUUGCAGGCCUUGUCCAGAAGGAUUCAUUACGGGAAAUUUGUAGCAGAGGUGAAAUUCAGAGAUGCCCCAGAAGAAUAUGGACCUGCCAUUCGUGCACAGGACAGGGAUGCACUGAUGAAGCUAUUGACAUUCGAAGAUGUCGAAGAAAUGGUAAAGAAGAGGGUAGCGAAAAAGGCCAUGAUUUUCAGUCAAGAAGUGAACCUAAUAGAGAAAGACGCGGACGACAAGCAGCAGAAUUGCAAGAUUGAUCCGUCACUUCUUUCUCGGUUAUAUGGAGAAUGGGUGAUGCCUUUAACCAAACUUGUUCAAGUCGAAUACCUCCUCCGUCGCUUAGACAAGUGAAUGUAGACAGAAGUUUGUUGGAAGAUGCGUUGCAGUUGCAGGGGAGCAAACAACACAAUUAUGUUUAAACGAUCAGUAUACACAAUUUUAGUUUUCUCUCAAUCCACUCAUAUUACUAGUUUUCGAAUGGAUAUGUAUGUGUUUAAACAAGCAGUGUACAUUGCCCAGAGAUAGAACUAGAAAGCGUUGCAGGGGAGAAAACAACACAAUGGAGUAAAAAUAUGUUGAAAUGGAUGAUCUAAAA